AAGGACAGCGAUCGUCAUCAUGUCGCUGAGGCAGAGAAUCUCCGGGGCGAUAGCCGUGCUCAGGGGCGCGCCUCUGCCCACGUCCGAGUCUCAGGCGGCUCAAAUUGAGAAAAUGGCCGGCGACGACUGCGACGACAUCGAGGAAGGCGAUCGUCCACCUAGUCAAAGCUUCUCGGACAGGGCCAUUAUUUUCAAAGACGAGAUGAUGCUCUGGAUGAAGGACAACUCGCUGCUGGUCUGGACGAUCGCGGGCGUCCUCGCGGGCUGCUUCUUCGGCUCGAUCGGUCGGCUGGCCGAUUUCUCCGAGCAGACCAUCAUGCUCAUCAGCUUCCCCGGCGAGAUCCUCAUGCGCGUCCUCAAGAUGUUCAUACUCCCGCUGAUCAUGUCCUCUUUGAUAGCAGGAAUGGCCCAGCUCGACGCCAGAUGCUCGGGUCGCAUCGGCAUGCGCGCCCUCACCUACUACAUGUCCACGACGAUUCUCGCCGCGAUCAUCGGCAUCUGCGUGGUCCUCGUCAUGCACCCGGGCGAUCCGAGCAUCAAGAGUCACGUCGAGGUAGCGAGGAGCGACGAGGCGCGGGUCUCCACUCUCGACGCGAUCCUCGACAUCGUGCGCAACAUGGUGCCGGAGAAUCUCGUGCAGGCCUGCUUCCAGCAGGUCCAGACCACCUACGCGAAGCGCAAGCACGUCCAGCCGGGCGAGUCGCCCAUCGAGCCGGUGCUCGUCUACAAGGACGGCACCAACGUCAUGGGCCUCAUUGUGUUCUGCAUCACGUUCGGUCUGCUCGCCGGCCAGAUGGGCCCGCGCGGCCGACUCAUGGUCGACUUCUUCGUCGUGCUCAACGACAUCGUCAUGGCCCUAGUUAGCUUCGUUAUUAAUUGGUAUUCCCCGUUCGGGAUAAUGUGCCUCAUAGCCGGUAAGAUCAUGUCGAUCGCCAAUUUGGCGGCGACCGCCCAGAUGCUCGGCCUCUACAUCGUCACGGUGGUGCUCGGCCUCAUGAUCCACGGCAUCGUCACGCUGCCCUCGAUCUUCUGGCUGGUGACCCGUCAGAAUCCCGCCGUCUUCUUCAAGGGCAUCAUACAGUCGUGGAUCACGGCUGCGGGCACGGCGUCGAGCGCCGUCACGCUGCCCAUCACGUUCCGCUGCCUCGAGGAGAACAACAAGGUCGACCCGAGGGUCUCGAGGUUCGUCGUGUCCGUGGGCGCGACCGUCAACAUGGACGGGACGGCCCUGUACGAGGCCGUCGCGGCCAUAUUCAUUGCCCAGGUCAACGGCAUCAGUCUGGGCAUCGGCGAAGUCAUCACUGUCAGUUUGACAGCGACCCUGGCCAGCAUAGGCGCCGCCAGUAUACCCAGUGCAGCCCUCAUCACUAUGCUGCUGGUCUUGACUGCUCUUGGCCUGCCCACCAGUGACGUGUCGUUGCUCUUCGCCGUCGAUUGGUUCCUCGACCGCGUGAGAACUUCCGUGAAUGUUCUCGGCGAUUGCUUUGGUGCCGGCAUCGUUUAUCAUCUUAGCAAGGAUGAAUUAGUGAAAAUGGACGAGUUGAAGCGUCUCGAGGAUCUGCAGGAGGUCGUCGUGCCUGGGUCGCCGCUUCGUCCGCCCGUCGUGCUGCAGCAGCAGCAGCAUCAGCAAACGCAGGAGGCGCCCAAAUCACCGAAUUUGGAUGCCGACGCGAAGAAGACAGCGGCGGCGGACAGCGACACCACCGAGUUGACCAUCGAGACGAAGAUUUAAAGCAAAAUAAAAAUUCUAAUAAAUAGUUAUUGUUCUAUAACGUCUUUUUGACUGCUCUACGAUAAUACAUCUUUUGUCCGCGGCUCUCGUUUCGUAUCGCGGGGGAGAAAAACUUAUCUUUCCCCGUGAUCGAGGCGGCCGCGGGCCCUCGCCUUGUAUAUCACACAAUUGUGUCGUGAACGAUAUAAGCAUCAUUACCCCCACUACAAAAAUACAAUAUUCAAUUUCUCAAGAUUAUAAAUAAUUAACACGAAUAGAAGGAUGAGUAUGAUGGAGUAGUUGUGCGAGUGAUGUGAUGAAUAUCCCCCCCUUCUUCUCUCAUUUAGUGCCAUUGAGUGUUUCUGCUGGAUACUGAGAAACAACGAUAUUAUAUAUAAAUAUAAAUAAUUAAAGCAGUUUUUCGAAUCGUUAUGGAUUGUCAUUCAAUUGCGAUGAUCGUUUUUGACGAAAAUUUUUAUAUUUUGUAAAAAUGUCAAUUUUUGAUUACCAAAAAAAAAAUUAUUGUAUUCAAUAUAUUAUGAUCAUAAGUAUUAUACAAUAAAAUAUCAUUAGUUAACACCUUAUCUCGUUAAUAAAA